CGUUCGUCCAGAUUGGCAAAACUUUUGCUGUUUUGUAUUUUGUGCUGACUCGAAAUGAUAUUUUAGUGUUUUACUCACUUUCCCGCGUGCCAAUAGUUAGUACAGUGUACAUAUUUAACGUUAAGGUUGUCUUUUGUGUGUGUGUGCGUGUGCUUUGUGUGGGACCUGUUGAGUGGGAAAUCAUUGUGCAGUGUUUUGUUGCUGGCUGUGAAUAGGACGGGGAAAGAAAUGGAAAACAUUGCAAACAUGGAUACGCUCUGCCGCGUCUGCUCCAGUGCUGGUUCGCACAGCAUUUUCGGCCGCAUACCGGCCUACUGCCACGAGCACUAUCGCGAGUACGCCCGCUGGAAGCAGCCCAUCUUUAUGCUGAUUGCUGAGGUGACUGGCGUUGAGAUUACCGAAAACGAUGGCCUGCCGAAGCGCAUCUGCGUGCUGUGCAUUUCGUACCUCAAGCACGCGUACACCUUCCGGCGGCAAGCGAUCGACAACAUUGCGGGACUGCUGACGGCCAAGUACCUUUCGAAUCUCCGACCGGAAAGCAAAAAGUCCGCCCUGGACAGUGAUUCGCAGCAUGUGAUAGGCCGGGACGACAUCAUACCGACCGGCGACGGUACGGGCUACCGCUCGGUCAACCUUGCCAACGCGCCCAGCACGCGCAGCGCGACGAAACAAACCACCAAAAAGCCCCCGGCCAUGAUGCAUCGGUUCGUGGCCAAACCGCCAAACAACAAUGCGGAGGAGGAGCUGGACAAUGUGUUCGGCGAGCUGGACGAACCUACGAGCAGCGGGCUGUUCGGGUACCGGGAGAAGGAGUUCAUCGAGGACGACGUGAUGGAGCUGGACGGAUUGCAGGAGCACGGCGUCACGUUUACGCUGCCCGAGGACUACAAGGAGAAGAAAUGCUUCGCCUGCCGGAAGCGGUUCAUGUUCUCGGAAACGUACUCGCAGCACCUGACCGAGUGUCUACUGUACAAGCUGACCGAGGCGAUCCGGGCCCUGUACCACAUCAUGUACCUGCGCGAGCAGAGCGCCAUCUCGGCGUUUGAGUUUAUCCGGCGGGCCGUGUUUACGGUGCGCAAGUGCUACCGGCUGGUGCUGUCUUACGACGGCGAGCUGGACGAGGACGAGACGGCCGGCGAGCCGACGGACGGGCCGAUGACGGACGACGGUGAGCCGGCAGCGACGACCAUCGAUGCGAAGGGGCACGACGGCUUACCGGGGGCAUUUUUAUCCCGCCAGACUUACGGAACGAUCGAGCUCGAUUCACUGAGCGACAGCGGGUCUUGCGGGUCGCCCAAGGACAAACCGUCGCUGGUGGAUGCGUUCCGCUUUGGGGCGGGCAUGAACAACGCACUGUCGGUGGGGAGUGUGAUGGGCACGCAGCCCAUCAUACUGCGCCCGCCGGACUCGUUCGUGUCGCACACGAACGUCGACAUUAUCAAGAACCGGCUGAUCAAGUCGGGCGCCGAAGAGGUGAACGAGAGCAAUGUGAACGAUCGCUACAAAACGAUCAAGUGCAAGCAGUGUGAGGCACGGUUCUGUACCAUCUCGCAUCUGGAUGAGCACACGAUCAAGGUGCACCAGCGGCCGGUUCGGAACAAUCCGUUUGGUUUGUAGGGAGCGGGGUUGGAAGUGUUAUCGGGCUUUGACAUAGGAGCUAGUAAGGCAACAACAGUGAGGGAUAAUGGCUGAAACUCGAGUUUGGCAACGAAUUUGGCAAAAACCCACCUUUUGCAGUACUUUUUUACCUCUCUAAAAGCAUCCUCGGAAGGAAGUGAAAGACGAAAGAAGCCUUUUAUUUGUUUCGUAUGCUUUUAAAUUCGAAUUUGACGAUUUGUUUAUGUUUAUUUUUAACUUUUUAAACAAACUGACGCUGCCUAAUGUCGGGUAGUUAGCUCACUCGGCUUAAUUCACGCCCGUUACCGGUGUAUUAAUUUAAUUUCUGUCGAAUUUUACAUCACAUUUAUUGUCGUUUUCGUUCCCGCUUGGUGGCCAUAGUUUGAGUUUCAGUUGUUGUCUUCCCCUUUUUUCUUCUCUCGCGCCACAAAGUCAUUUUUCUUCAUUAAACUCAUACUCAAAAUAGACUGAAAAUCUUCUUAUCAUACGCGUGUACGCGUCGUUCAUUGUACAUGCAGCAUUGAAGGAAGGGAACUGAUACCAUCUAAGAAGGGUAAACCAUUACACACUUAACAGGCACACACCGACACCGCACAAACUUAACACGAACGACGAAUGAACAGUUCGGGGAAUUCCAGAUGUAGUAUCAUUAUUUAGCUAGGAUAUGGAUGAACAAGAGGAGCGCUCUUGUGUGUAAUUGAAUUGAAUCGAGUGGAUUGAUGAUUGACGAGAAAAGUAUUU